UUUGCUUCCAGGGCAGCAAUUUCUCGGAUGAUGUGUGGGGCUAUGGCUCCUGUUUGUCCCUUCCACGCUUCCUUUGAUUCUGGCGUGUGUGUCUCUUCCGGUUUUGUGGAUGAACGCAGAUAGUUGUUUGUCUUUAGUCAGGUCGUGGUCUGUCUCGAUGCCCACUCUCUUAAUGCCCCAUUCAAACGUGUUUUCGAAUUCAUUUGCACGCACAUAGAUUCGAUCGAUUCGGGAUAGGGAUCCUCCAAGGUUAGCGGGUUGGCGGAACGUGUAUUCCUUGGUCUCGGGAGCGUCCACUGCAGGGCCAUUAUCUUCAUGGGCUGGGAGUCUGUCUAAAGCAGCUUCUACAAUGUUCAUGUCGCCUGCCAUUAUAUCUGGUUUUCGGAUUCUGGGGUGUCGUGUGAAGAAUUCUUGGAUGUUCUUCCAAAAUUGUGCAUUUUCGGCUGGCUGGUUUGGAUGACCAUGGCUCUGCCUGGUACAAUUUCGUGCAUUUGUAUUCCUUCUGUCCGCGCGAGGAUCUUCAUUUUACGGCCGAACAGAUUGUCUAUAUCCUCUUUCCUCUCUUUAUUCAUAUGGGCUUCUCCAAUCACCAGUACAGCCACCUUGUCUUCUCGCAUUAUCUGCCACACCCCCAGCCAUUUGUUCUUGGGGUGGUGGGCAUUGGUGUGACCGUGUCCCCGGAUGUUUAGUGCACCUAUUUUCAGGGCAGCUUUCAUGUUCUUCCGGCCGUUUCUGCCGCGUGGGCCAGUGGGGCCCGGGUAUGUCUGUGCGUGUGUUGGGCGUCUGUUAUCUGGCACUCUGCCAUCUUGGUGUCUCUCGUUAUCUGGCACUCUGCCAUCUUGGUGUCUCUCGUUAUCUGGCUCUCUGCCAUUUCCGCUUUCUGUAUCCCUUUCUUCUCGGGGGGGUAGCUGUCUCUCAGCUCCCUGCGCUCGCUGCGCAUGACUGUCCCUGUUGUCUGGGCUGGGUAACUGUUGCUCAGUUCCCUGCGCACUCUGCGCAUCAGCACAUCCACUUGUGCCCCCCGAUCUGCUCGCUGCAGUCGGAGUUGCGUCCCAGGGCCCAUCAUCGGUUCCUCGGGACAUCUGUCCUUCCUCUUGUGGAGGUUGGCCAUCGUCCCGGGUUACCUCCGGGCGAUGGUUCGCCAGUUCCCCUCCUCCGCGGUUGCCUUCGUUGGGACUGGCUGGGCCGGUGGCGGAGCCCUGCCGCCCUCCAGCUGCCGUUGCCUGUGCCAAUUUUCAGUAGCCAGCCAAAGAGACACAGCGCGUUUCCCGCUAAGAUCGGCGCUGUGAAGUCUCACCUUUGGGGUUGUCGGGGGAGCGCCAACCGUGUCUCGGGCACGCGUCGCAUUCAUCUCCCCCGACAUGCCAGGACUGCUGGCCAGCGCACCCCGACCUAAAUAGGUCGCGCUGUUGCGGCGCUAUCAGACGAGGGAUCGACCUCAUCCGACAACGCGUUCCCUCCCCCGUUUCCCGUCCUGCUCCCAAAUAGAACAGUCGGUAGAUGUGGCGGGUUCGGGUUGCGCGGUCCUCGUCGCGUCUUCUUCUGGGCCCAGACCCAGGUGGUCGGGCGCUCGACAGUAGAGAUCAAAGAUUGUCGGAUGUGAGGUUGCGGUUCGCGUGAGCCUCGAGAUGUCGUGGUAGCUCUGCAAGUGUCGCCGUCGAGAGGUGUCGUCAAAAGUUGUCGUCGAGAGUCGUCUUAGAGGGUGUUUCGGGCGAGCGCGUUGAGCGGAGAGGUAUAAGCGAGGUCGGCAGGUGUCUCGUGGUGUGGAGUGGCACGUCGCCAGUAGCGUCGCCGGGUAGCGGCGUAUCAUCCCGUAUGGUGCUCAUACCUCCGCAAUGGCGUCUUUGGCCGCAGUCCCCCACUGGUUUGCCGUUCCCGUGUUGUGUCGUAAGUGCGUGACGUGGCGCCGUAGUGUUGUCAGUGCGGCGUUCGUGUCAGCGUCGAUGAGGGCUUGGUCGGGGAGGAGGGAUGAGGGAUCAAGGGAGAGAGUGGUGUGCGAGCCAUUCAGGCUGUGGGGUGUAGUGAAACGAUUCAUAUUUCUAUUAACCUCUACGAAGUCGCCGUACUGCGUACCGUGCACACUGCACUUCCGGGUAAUCCCAACCCAUCCUCACUUCGAGGUGCCUUUAGUCUCGGCCGGUACUCGCGCUGAGUCCCCACCGCCCGCUGCGGCGUGGGGAGCCUCGUAUUUCCUUUACCGUCCGUCAUCACCCGAGGGAGAUGAUGGUGGUAAGAAGUCACGAGCCCCCAUCAUACUACUUACUGUCUGCUCGCUCCCUGGCACUGCGUGCUCGUUCCUCAAGAGCUCUCCCUCUUCCGAUGAGCCAGCUGCCGGUGGAAAUAUGGGACAUGAUAAUUCAAAACGUGCCCCAACACCAUCGGCCUACGCUACUCGGAGUAUCUCGGCUGUUCCAUGAGAUCGCCCUUCGCUCCGUUUUCUCAACAGUCAAGAUCUUCCUGGUCCAUGGCGAGCCUGGCCUCUUGAUGUUGAAUACUGAGAGCGAGCGAUACGUUGAGGAUGUAUCUGACCACCGCUUCAACGAGUCCUGGGAUAUCCUGCACUGUAUCAUCACCAAUCCCCUUUUUGCGAGUGUGGUUCGGACAAUGAGUGUCCAUGCGUUUACGGAUGGACCUGCCAUCUUCGAACAAAGAACUGUGGCUCAAGCUCUCCGUGCAAUGCCUCAUCUGCAAUCUUUUCACUACUUCGGUGAUUGCCCUGACGUGUCGGCCAUCGUAUCUGCAUUACCUAAACAACUCGAGAGGUUACGCAUCCAAUUCACACCAUCAUCGAGUCUGUUCGGCGAACUAUCCAACCUACGCAACUUUCAGCCAGCCAUUCCCUUCAGUUACGUUCAGGAUCAGCAAGUAGACGGAAUCUUCUCGGAGUGGAAUUACGGAUUUGGUCGAGCUGAAGACGCGAUGGAGAUCGUGAACGGGUCACCGAAUAUCCGGGAAGUCACCCUUCUGCCUGACCAUCUGCCCUUGCUGUCAGUCCGAGUGUGCCACAUGCUCACGACUUUGGACAUCUGUGUGCCCCAGGGCUACGGAGAACUUGUCGGACUGGAACUCGUCUUCCGGCAUGCCGUCGCAUUAACUUCGUUGUCGUUGGUGGGCUACAUGGAACCGCAGGCCUUCGAGGUGAUCCCUCGGGAUGUCUCUGCCUUGCCGUCUCUCACUUCCUUUCGGUUAUCCUGUGAGUCCUGGGAUCCUGACUCCACGACGCUCAAUCUUCCGUACAUAUCGGACUUUCUCGAGAGCCGCCAGUCAUUGCGCCGAUUACACCUUCGCCUGCCGGAUAUCCGAGUGUCGUUGGCAUUGGGCGUUUUCGCCAUAAUAUCAAAAAUGAGAGGAUUGCAGGUUCUCGGAUUCCAUGUUGGAUGUUUGGAAACUUUCGAUGGGCAAUGUGCAGAGCUUCUCGCCAGCGGGCUAUCGCUCAAACUGACCGCUCUGCAACUCGUUUUGCCCUGGCGAGGAGAUCUGCAUCUCAAGAUGUGGACUCCGAUCCUCUCCAAACUGCAGCGAUGCCCCCGACUUACUUUCGUGCAUCUUUUCUCUUGCGGUGAGGAUCCAGUGCCCAUUCAUCCCGACGAGCUCGCUGCUGAUCUAGAGCACCUCGAACUUGUUGGGCUGCAACGUUCUCUGUUCACGAUCCGUCGGGAUGCCGAAAAACACUACCAUUGGCGACCAUGGUCAGUGAAAUAUUGUAUUCCCGAGGACUUUCCCUCUGUAGACCAUGCCUGGUUGUUUCAGUACCACUGAGUACAUGAAUGAACGCUGGCAAUACCCCGAGGAAAGAUGACGAUGAUUUCGGUCACAGUCGUACUGGAAUUAAAACAAGACUUUUGCUCUAUUUCCGGACCGGAUAAUCAAAAAUUCUCCUACGCUCGGGUU